GAGGGGCCCUGAGGAGCCGAGCGCGGCCUCGCGGGGCUCCCGGGGCUCCCGGGGCCGGCCCGGGCCGCCCCCGCCGCCAUGGCCCGCCUGGCUGACUACUUCGUGCUCGUGGGAUACGACCCCGGCAAGCGCGGGAGCGGGGAUGGACAGGGACAGAUCCUGCAGCGCUUCCCGGAGAAGGACUGGGAGGACAACCCCUUCCCACAGGGCAUCGAGCUGUUCUGCCAGCCCAGCGGGUGGCAGCUCUUCCCCGAGAGGAACCCCCCCACCUUCUUCGUGGCCGUGCUGACCGACAUCAACUCAGAGCGGCACUACUGCGCCUGCUUCACCUUCUGGGAGGCCGUGGAGAGCCCGCAGCCCCAGAGCCAGGCCAGGAACGGCGAGGGCGAGGAGGAGGAGGAGGAGGCCUCGUCGCCCGCGCAGCCUGCGCAGCUGUUCGCUCCCAAGAGCCUGGUGCUGGUGUCGCGGCUGGACCACGCCGAGGUGUUCCGGAACAGCCUGGGGCUGAUCUACACCAUCUACGUGGACGGGCUGAGCGUGUCCCUGGAGAACGUCAUCGGGAACCUGCUGACCUGCACCAUCCCCAUCACGGGGGGAGCGCAGAGGACCAUCUCGCUGGGAGCAGGGGACAGGCAGGUGAUCCAGACCCCCAUCAACGACUCGCUGCCCGUCAGCAGCUGCAGCGUGGCCCUGCUCUUCCGCCAGCUGGGCAUCACCAACGUGCUGUUCCUGUUCUGCGCGGCGCUGACCGAGCACAAGAUCCUGUUCCUCUCCAGCAGCUACCAGAGGCUGACAGACGCCUGCCGGGCCCUCCUGGCUCUCAUGUUCCCCCUCAAGUACAGUUUCACCUACGUGCCCAUCCUGCCCGCCCAGCUCCUGGAGGUGCUGAGCACCCCCACCCCCUUCAUCAUCGGCGUCCACUCCAUCUUCCAGUCGGAGACCCAGGAGCUGCUGGACGUGGUGAUCGCGGACCUGGACGGCGGCACCGUGAACGUGCCGGAGUGCGUGCACAUCUCGCUGCUCCCCGAGCCCCUGCUGCAGCAGACGCGGGAAGCCCUGUCCAUGGUCCUGGACCCAGAGCUGGAGGUGGCCGACCUCGCCUUCCCCCCUUCCACCAUUUCCGCCUCUUCCCUCAAGUUCCAGGACAAGGAGAUCCGGGCCGUGUUCCUGCGCCUGUUUGCUCAGCUGCUGCAGGGCUACCGCUGGUGCCUGCACAUCAUCCGCAUCCACCCCGAGCCCGUCAUCCGCUUCCACAAGGCGGCGUUCCUGGGCCAGCGGGGGCUCACCGAGGACGAUUUCCUGACCAAGGUGCUGGAGGGGAUGGCCUUCGCUGGCUUCGUCACCGAGCGCGGGGCUCCCUACCGCCCCAUCGACCUCUUCGACGAGCUCGUGGCCUACGAGGUGAAGCGCAUGAAGGCAGAGGAGGGGAACAAGCAGAAAAUCCUGAGGCACAUCAAGGAGCUGGCAGAGAAACUCUACAAAAAUGAGAACCCGUACCCCGCGGUGACCAUGCACAAGGUGCAGAAGCCCACGGAGGGCUGUCACCUGCGCCUGCACCAGAAGCCCUUCCCUCGCCUGGACGAGGGCACCGUGCAGUGGAUCAUCGACCAGGCCACGGCCAAGCUGCAGACGGCCCCGCCCGCCGUCAGGGCCGAGAAGAAGUGCAUGGUGCCCUCGGGACCCCCCAUCGCUGCCAUCCUGGAGCGCAACGGGAACGCCCUGGCCAACAGCGCCCGGCGCCUGGAGGUGGUCAGGAACUGCAUCUCCUACGUCUUCGAGAACAAGAUGCUGGAGGCCAAAAAGCUGUUCCCGGCCGUGCUGCGCGCCAUGAAGGGCCGGGCGGCCCGGCACUGCCUGACCCAGGAGCUGCACCUGCACGUGCAGCAGAACCGCGCCGUGCUGGACCACCAGCAGUUCGACUUCGUCAUCCGCAUGAUGAACUGCUGCCUGCAGGACUGCACGGCCAUGGACGAGCACGGCAUCGCCGCCGCCCUGCUGCCGCUGGUCACCGCCUUCUGCAGGAAACUGAGCCCUGGCAUCACCCAGUUCGCCUACAGCUGCGUGCAGGAGCACGUGGUGUGGACCAACAUCCAGUUCUGGGAGGCCAUGUUCUACUGCGACGUCCAGAACCACAUCCGGGCCCUCUACCUGGACAGCGCCGAGGAGAACCACAUGGAGCAGGAGAGCGCGGAGGAGCCGCAGGAGGCCAAGUCGGCGCUGGAGAUCGCCUCGGAGCAGCUGCGGCUGUGGCCCACCAUGAGCCGGGAGAAGCAGCAGGAGCUGAUCCAGAAGGAGGAGAGCACGGUGUUCAGCCAGGCCAUCCACUACGCCAACAGGAUGAGCUACCUGCUGCUGCCCCUGGACACCAGCAAGAACCGCCUGCUCCGCAGCUCCGGCCUGGGCGACGUGGAGAGCGUCAGCAACAGCUUCGUCACCAACAGCAUCGCGGGCAGCGUGGCCGAGAGCUACGACACCGAGAGCGGCUUCGAGGACGCCGAGAGCUCGGACGUGGCCAACUCCGUGGUGAGGUUCAUCAACCGCUUCGUGGACAAGGUGUGCACCGAGAGCGGCGUCACCAACGAGCACCUCAAGGGGCUGCACGUCAUGAUCCCGGACAUCGUGCAGAUGCACAUCGAGACGCUGGAUGCCGUGCACAGGGAGAGCAAGAGGCUGCCUCCCAUCCAGAAGCCAAAGCUGCUGCGGCCCAACCUGCUGCUGGGGGAGGAGUGUGUGAUGGAGGGGCUCCGCGUGUACCUGAUGCCGGACGGGCGCGAGGAGGGGGCCGGGGGCAGCGUCGGGGGACCCCCCCUGCUCCCCGCAGAGGGAGCCGUGUUCCUCACCACCUACAGGAUCAUCUUCAAGGGAACCCCCACCGACCCCCUGGGCAGGGCAGCCUCAGUCCAGCCUGUGCCCAUGGUGCUCCUGGGUGGAUCCAAGCUGUGCCCUGAUCCGUGGGAAGGGCUGCCCCCUGACCUGGCCCCUCUGUCACCCCCACGCGUGCCCCCCCAGCUGCUGAAGAUCGCCUUUGACGAGGAGGUGGCCUCGGACAGCGCCGAGAUCUUCCGGAAGCACCUGCACAAGCUGCGCUACCCCCAGCACGUGCGCGGCACCUUCGCCUUCACCGUGGGCCAGUCCCCCAAGCAGGCCAUGCAGCCCAAGGCCAAGGAGAAGAACCCCUCGCUCAGGACGCUGUCCAAGAACCUGGUGAAGAACGCCAAGAGGACGAUCGGCCGGCAGUACGUGACCCGCAAGAAGUACACGCCCCCGGCCUGGGAGCAGCGGGGCAGCCAGCACUUCCCCGAGGACAACGAGGACGAGAUCUCAGUGUCCGAGGAGCUGGACAGGAGCACCCUGACGCCCAGCAGCACCAUGAGGCCGUCGGAGAAGAUGACCAUGACGCACGUGGUGGAGCGCGCCUGCUGCCGGGACUACCAGCGCCUGGGGCUGGGCACGCUGAGCAGCAGCCUGACCCGCUCCAAGAACGAGCCCUUCCGCAUCUCCACCGUCAACCGCAUGUACGCCAUCUGCCGCAGCUACCCCGGGCUGCUGAUCGUGCCGCAGAGCAUCCAGGACAACACGAUCCAGCGGAUCUCGCGCUGCUACCGCCAGAGCCGCUUCCCCGUGGUGUGCUGGAGGAACUCCCGCACCAAGGCCGUGCUCCUGCGCUCCGGGGGCCUGCACGGCAAGGGCGUCGUCGGCCUCUUCAAGUCCCAGAACGCCCCGACCCCAGGCCCCUCGCAGGCGGACUCCACGAGCCUGGAGCAGGAGAAGUACCUGCAGGCUGUCAUCAAUUCCAUGCCCCACUACUCGGACGCCGGCGGGCGCAACACCCUCAGCGGCUUCACCUCGGCCCACAUGAGCAGUGCAGAUUUCUCCGACAAGAGGCAGCAGCCUAAGCUGGGAUCGCUCAUGAAGCAGGUGAUGGGAGGGAAGGACGAAGGGCCUGGGACUUUGAGCCGCGGAGGGCUGGGUCACAGAGCCAGGGUCAUCACCCUGUCCAGCCCCAAGUGCGCGUCGCCGAAGGGCCGCGAGACACCCCGAGGUACGGACGCGCCCGCGCCGCCCGGGGUGGCAGUGGCUCAGGCCAGCCCAGCCCUCGCUGUCCCUCCGCAGGGCGUGAAGCCGGACCCACUGCAGCACUGGGAGGUGGUGCCCAUCGAGGUGUUCGACGUGCGCCAGGUCAAGGCCAGCUUCAAGAAGCUGAUGAAGGCCUGCGUGCCCGGCUGCCCCUCCAGCGACCCCAGCGUGGCCUACCUGCGCUCCCUGGAGGAGUCGGAGUGGCUGUCCCAGAUCCACAAGAUCCUGCAGAUCUCGGUGCUGGUGGUGGAGCUGCUGGACACGGGCUCGUCCGUGCUGGUCAGCCUGGAGGACGGCUGGGACAUCACCACGCAGGUGGUGUCCCUGGUGCAGCUCCUGUCCGACCCCUACUACCGCACGCUGGAGGGCUUCCGGCUGCUGGUGGAGAAGGAGUGGCUGUCCUUCGGCCACCGCUUCAGCCACCGCGGCGCCCAGACCCUGGCGGGGCAGAGCAGCGGCUUCGCCCCCAUCUUCCUCCAGUUCCUGGACUGUGUGCACCAGAUCCACCUGCAGUUCCCCAUGGAGUUCGAGUUCAGCCAGUACUACCUGAAGUUCCUCAGCUACCACUACAUUUCCAACCGCUUCCGGACAUUCCUGCUGGACUCGGACUACGAGCGCAUCGAGCUGGGGCUCCUGUACGAGGAGAAGGGCGAGCGGAAGGGCCAGCAGGUCUCCAAAUCCAUCUGGGACUACAUCGACCGCCUCAACAAGAAGGCUCCCAUCUUCUUCAACUACCUGUACGCACCUGAGGACGGGGAGGUGCUGAGGCCGUACAGCAACAUCUCCAACCUGAAGGUGUGGGAUUACUACACGGAGGAGACGCUGUCCGAGGGUCCCCCGUACGACUGGGAGCUGGCGCAGGGGCAGCCGGAGCCGGCCGAGGAGCCGGACCGGCAGGACACGGCGGCCCCGCAGAGCAAGCGCCGCAUCAUCUGGCCCUGCUACGACAACCGCAGCCGCGUGGAGCCCGACGCCAUCUCCAAACUGCUCGAGGAGUUGCACAACCUGGAGAUGGAGCUGGGGCAGGUCCCGGAGCGCUGGAAGGACACGUGGGACAAGGUGAAAGCGUCCCAGCGCACGGAGGGGCGGCAGGAGGGCAGCAGGACCCCCAGCUCCUUGCUGAUGUCCUCGGGGCUGUCCCACCACCGGCGCUCGCUGGGCGUGUACCUGCAGGAGAGCGGGGUGGGCUCCACGCUCAACCUCAGCCUGGACAGCGACACCAGCAGCACCUCCACCCCGUCCAGCGGGAAGCCGGGCGGGCGCCGCAGCACCUCCACCCUCUACAGCCAGUUCCAGAUGUCCGAGAGCGAGAACAGAUCCUACGAGGGGUCUCUGUACAAGAAAGGCGCCUUCAUGAAACCCUGGAAGUCUCGGUGGUUCGUGCUGGAUAAAACCAAACAUCAGCUGCGGUACUACGACAGCCGGAUGGACACGGAGUGCAAGGGGGUCAUCGACCUGGCCGAGGUGGAGUCCAUCACCCCGGGGACCCCCACCAUGGGGGCGCCCAAGACGGUGGACGAGAAAGCUUUCUUCGACCUGAAGACGACGAAACGAGUUUACAAUUUCUGCGCCCAGGACGUGCAGCUGGCCCAGCAGUGGAUCGACCGCAUCCAGAGCUGCCUGUCGGACGCGUGAGCCCGGCUCAGCGGAGCCGCAAUUCCAGGCACGGCUGCCGGGCCCGCCGCGGGAGCGGAGGCAGCGCCCGGCCCGAGGCCGAGCCCGGGACUGAGGGAGAGGAGGAGCGGCCCUUCCUCCCUCCCGCCGGGCAGCACGGGCGUGGCCCGGGCGGUGGCACCGGGAGGGAUUCCUCGCGUUGAAGCGGGCGGGGGCCCGUGCCGCCCCCAGCCCCGUCUGAGCCGUGUCGUGAGCCCGUGUCCUCCUCCGUGUGCCCCAGCCCCGCUCCCCACCCCGCACUGCUGGGGAGGCAGAGCUGCCCCCUCGUCCUGCCCUUCGUCCUGCUGCCCUGCAUGUCUGCCAGCGUCCCCUGGAACCUGCCCUGCCCCUCCCGGCCUGGGAGCGACUCCUGGGCUCCGCUCCCGUCCGCUGGAGCCGGGACCUGCAGCUCGAUGGCAGAGGGGACCGAGCCCUGCAGCUCGGGAUGGCAGAGGGGACCGAGCCCUCAGGGGAUGGCAGAGGGGACAGAGCCCUGCAGCUCGAUGGCAGAGGGACAGAGCCCUCAGGGGAUGGCAGAGGGGACAGAGCCCUGCAGCUCGAUGGCAGAGGGACAGAGCCCUCAGGGGAUGGCAGAGGGGACAGAGCCCUGCAGCUCGAUGGCAGAGGGGAUUGCAGCUCAGGGG